AUGAAAAACCAAAUACGACCACACCUCUUGAUCCUGGUGACACUCACAAUCCUUUGCUCGAGCAAAGGUCUCUCCAUCUACCCACCUCGAAAUGGAGACCCGGCACCAGGAAGGUCCCCAGGACCACCAUCAGACGUCCUUCAGGACAUCAAGCUUCAGGAUGUUAACCCACCAGAAGACCUUCAGGAUAUAAGCUCCUCCGAAGUUCUCCAAGGAUCAGAGGAACUGGAGGACGUAGCGUCUCCAGAUGUAAUGCAGGAGAUACGAGUGGAUACGUCGUCCCAACAGGAAGAAACUUCGCAGGAAAAAGAAAUCAGCGACUCCAAACAAAAAGAUGGUAGUGAUGACCCGUACACGAACAGUAUGGAAAAGGAAUUGUGUGAAGUGAGUGGUUCAGUGGUUGAAGAAGAUAGAGAUAGGAUGGUCAACUUCACCAUAUCUCAUCAUCUCUUCAGAGUGGAUGAAGUUGUACCCGGUGUUAUAUAUAAUGGUAAGUUUGUCACCCAUUUUCAGAAUGAUAGCAUGACAGUCCGAGCAAAUUAA